AUGAUUCGUUUGUUAUAUCUACAUUAUAUAAUUGUAUUUUCAAUCAUUGACUGGAAAUCUCAGAUUGGAAAACUAAAAUAUAGUGCUAGUGUUGAAAAUCGCUCCAGCGACGAUACUGACACAGAGGAAAACAGCCAAGAAGAUCUUGUUCAAGAUAGCAGAAAGAAACCAAGGUAUAUGAAUAUGAACUAUUUUACCGUGAUAUCAAUAGUUAAACGAAAAUAAACAUUAAUUGAAAUUCCGCUAGCAGCAAUUACAUACAUUUAAAAACAAUUUGUGACCCUCCUUUGAGAAACAAACUUUAACGAUAAAUUGAUAGUAAACGGUGUCUCACCCGUCUUGGUAAAACGUUUUAAUUAAUUAACGGCUUACGAAUCAAACGAUUAUACGAGUGUUAUAAGAAACAUUUUAAGAUGGCUCCCUACAAUUUUUAAAACUAUGAAAAUCAAUAAAUUAGAUCACACACUUUUUGAAAAAUUUCUUGUUUAGAAACAAUUGUACAUCUUACAUAUAGAGCAACAAUCAAAGAGUUGGAAAUUGGUAACAAAAAUGACUUCACCACUGUUGCCUGUUGCUAAUGAUUCAGUAUAUGGCCGAUAUUUUGGCUUUUAGCGCACAUUACUUGAAAAACCGCCUGGUUAUUCCCAUUUUUAUUUCAUAAAACGUUUUCUUGCAUGUAGUACAAUAGACUAUCUCACCGAGUUUAAAAGAAAUCUGUAGAGCCAAAAACUAUUUAUUUGAAAAACCAUGUUUAUCAAUUUCCCUAUUUUUAAAAAUUGUAUAGCCACCCUAGCUACUGCGGAUUUUAAUAGCGGUUAGAACUAACAAUUAAAUUAUCAAUACAAAUAAUAUCAUAACAUCAUUUAUUCUGCUUCAUAUUUGUACAUUUCAACAGAAGAAAAGAAAGUAGUGACGUGAACUCAUUAAUAUCGGCAUUAGACACGACAUUAAAGUUUUCAGAACAACGGAAAUCUCCAGAAUUGGAUCAAGAAACACAAGAAGAGCACACUGAUGAUCCGGGUGGUAAGUUGGUGUUGUCAGAUUAUUCUAUUAAUUAAUACUGUACUUUCAAAUUCAUGCAGUGCACUUUGAUGUCUUAAGGAGAUUUACACUGCACAACUUUUGCCUAAAAUUGUCGCAUGCAACCUGCUUACAACUUGAUUUGUACUCACCUACAACAACGUAGGCGAGUUGUGUGCUUGAUUUACACAGUCCAACUCAAGUUAUAAGCAGGUUGCAUGCGACAGUUUUAGGCAAAAGUUGUGCAGUGUAAAUUCUCUCCUAAUAAAUAAAGGCGGAUCUCCACUAGACGAUUUCUGAGACUAUUUUUAUGACGAUCGUCAUAAAAAUUCGCGACGAUUUAGAGAGAAGUGGACAUGUAUUAGCAGCAAGAAAAAGUGCGGAAUCUUAUUUGUUAAGUCAAUCCUACUUUUCGUCGAGCGCUAGACGAUCCGCUCUUCGAACUUUUUUUUCAAUUGCGCAUGUGUCGUCGCGAACUGUUUUGACGAUCGUCUCAAAAAUCGUCUAGUGGAGAUUCGCCUUUAGAAGUACAAUACAUACUGUAGUAUACGUUACCUAGUACGGUAUUUAUAUACUACUGUAGAUACGAGUGCUUUCCGUACUGUAUCUUACAGACUGUAUGUGGCAAUAUAUUUUUUCUUUUAUUCUUGUCAUGAAAAAUAGGUAUACUACUUUAAUUCUGUGAUAAAAAUGAAACGCUUAGCCUAUAUUGCCUAUAUAUACAUACGAUUUUUGGUGGUUCUAUACAAUAGGAUACAAUGCAACAAAUAUGAAAUGAAUUUCGGUUGUUCUUAAUUAUUUAGAAAAAAGUGGUACCAAAUAUUUUUAAAACGUCAUAAAUAAAAUCAAUCAUGAUACAUUGAUACAAUUAAAUGUGAAAAUUGUGAAGAGCUAUCACAAAUUCCAGAAAAUUGUAAACUACGACGUAGGUCUGUAGAGAUCAAAAUUCCAUUCUUGUUGCAAAAUUGUUUUUUAGAUAUCUCUGUUUCCACUGGUCGACUGCGAGAUCGUAUUGAAUUUCUUCGCCGUGACUGUAUCGAAGGAUUGGGUGAGGCAGACUUUCGCGAGGCAUGCAACAUUAUUGACAACCAGCCUGAAGAAAAUGUCGAGUGUGCGUUGGUUGAACUAAUGGGAAGGGUAAAAUUUGAAAAGUAUGGUGGGAAAAUAUGGCAACUAAAGUUUUGUGAAACAUUCAAACGUAGUUAGAACAUAAAAAUUAUUUUGUAUAGUGAUUUCAUAUGGGUUCAAAAUACUGCUGGAGUUAUGGUCCCAGUUAAUAUAUAGAACAAUUUUCACCUAAUGUCCAAGCUGAUGAAUUAAGCAUGCGUGAUAGGCAUUGGUGCCAAAAAAUGAAAGUUUCAAACACAUAACAAACUUUUCGCCCAUGAACUCAAAAUGCGUUUUAAACUUUUAAAUUUCGCGCGCAAGCUAUUUUUAAUGCUGGUGACAGCGAAAACGAUACCCCGGCCCCUGCUCUGGAAAAUUUAUCUUUACGAAUUUUUUUUGUUUAUUCCACAUUAUAAACCCAAUAUUUAUCAAAAAUUUCAUGACAUGAACGGAUUUGUGAAGUUGAGAGCCGUUUCAAAAUUGUCUACUUUUUUCUGAUACACCCUGUAUGUAUAUAUAUCUGGAGCAAGAACUUCAGUAAUUCGGCCUAUAAGAUGGCGGAAUUGAUGUGCAAUGAAGGUUAUAAACAGUUUUAAUACCAUUUCCACCAGCUAAUUUCAGUUUUUCCUUGCGGACCGUAUCAAUAAUCAAGUUAUCAGUUCAUCGAACUAUAUAGUAUUAUAACUAUUAUUCUUUAAAUCGAAGUCAAAAUACGAGAUUUCGGCACACUCCUUGCAGACCGCGCAGAAAAGCUGUCGUCCAAUCCCCCAUUUUUGGCUUCACUUUUUGGACUUGAGUUCUUGCUCCAGAUAUAUAUGGAGCUCACUGCAAAAACCUUCAUCCAUAAUUGUCAGUAUUUGUCAAUAUCGCCAAUUCCUUGCAUUAGCUUCCGACUAUGCCAAAAUACACCCUAUAUAUGUAUAGGGGAAAACGUGAAAAAGUAUCAGAAGAAACCUUUUCCAACUUUCGGUCGUGGUCAGACUAAAAUGGUCUUUUCUGACUAGUUGAUUUUACUAGUUGCUAAAUAUCUUAAGCAUCUUGUACUCUUUUGCCCGAACGAAAAAACCGCCAUAAAUGUGAUCCUGGUCUCAUUUCAGAUAAAUUUGCAUAAUAGUAAACAUUAUACAUUCCUGUUGUCGAAGUAUGAGCCGAUUUUGAUAUAUACCUUUAAAUAAACAGAUUUUAGUCUUUUUAACUUCAUUGUCACCUUCGCAUUUUCUGUUCAUCCAUCAAAAAGUGAAAUAUUUUAUAUUUUAGUGCAUGAUCUAACAACUUUGUCUUUGAACACAAAAAUGUGGCAGCUCAAACACUUUAGUACCAUUUGUAUAAUAUAUUUCAGAUCGUAAGACAAUAAUAGCUUGUUUGAGUAUAUUUUAAUGUUUGAAUAUACAUUCAGUAAACCUGUAUGAGCAGUCAAUCAAUCAACCAACUUAAAAUUAAUAAUUUUUUCCAGACUUAGAGCAGUUACAGGGAUUGGAUAGCAAAACAAAUAGGCGAACGUUUAUUUUGUUUCGUUUUUGUGGAAACACUAGAAUAUACUAUAAUGUUUCCACAAAAACAAAAGGUCGAGAAACAUUAUUGCCUGUUGCAUGGCAACAUGAUCUCUUCUCAAAAUUAAGGCUAUGACUAUGUCUUAAUUGUAAAACUUUUGAAAAUUAAGGAUAUGGCUUAAAUUUGAAAUUCUCCAAAAUUAAGGCACAGCCUUAGUUUAAUAAUACCACAAUCAUUAGGCAAGACUUCUUGCUAUAAAAUUAAUGGCCUUAAAGGCGGUUUUCCAGUCCUCGCACGAAGCUCCUCGCAGCGCGCUGCGAGUGCUUGCAUGCAGGGGUGGGAAUUUAAAAAAAAAGGUCGCCAGAUUUGGAUUGGAUUUAAUAGGGUUAGGUUUAAAAUUAAGGCAAUGUCUUAAUUUGAACGCGUUUUACAAUUAAGACAGCCUUAAUUUUCGGAAGGGAUCGAGCUGUGCAUGGGUAAAAGCAACCUCGUACCCAGGGUCUUGGCGAGGGGAUGAAAAGACCCUGGUAGACGCUGGUCACGUGAUCUGCUAAAAUCUAAAUAUUUGAUAUUUGGAUGAUUUUUAUAGUUUAAUUUAUGAUUUGCAUUUUGUAUGAUUGUCGUAAAGGAAUCCAAGAUAGUUAAUUAGAAAUUAGCCCGCGUGCAGGCCCAAGGGAACUGAUAGUGGGCCUGCAAGCAAGGCCCGGUAUUUUGUAAAACGCCCUUUUCAUAAAAUACGCCCCAUUCGCGCGUCAAUUGUCAAAAAAGAACCAAUGACAGCACCCAAAUAUUAACAAACAAACUCGCAUUAAAAUGUUGCGGGGUUUUCUCUGCUUAUUCAGAACAUAAACAAUGUGUAAAUGGCUGCGUUUUAACUCCCAAAAAGCAAGCAACGCAGUCAGUAAUUGCCAAAUUGCAAGUGCUCAUUUUCAACUAAAAUCGGAACAGGCAAAUUAGGACGAAUUUCAACAGAAAACCAGUCUCAAAC